AUGGAUCAGAGAGAGCUCGAGUCGCGCAUCAAGGCGCUCACGAAGAGCGUCGCCGCAAACGAACCGGCCGAGAAUGCGCUACGCCUGCUGGAGACGCUGAAGAAGGACGCGGCGCCGACGGAGGAGAUGCUUCGGUCAACCCGCGCCGGUGUGUACGUGGGAAAGCUACGCGCCAACGCCAACAAGGAGAUUGCCCGAUCGGCGGCCGAGCUGGUGAACAAGUGGAAGAAGCUAGUCGAGCAGGAGAAGCAAUCCCGGCUACACAAGGCCAAGCUCGGCUCCCCCGCUUCCGGAACCGCCUCCUCGCCGCCCUCCGCCGCCGGCCCAACCGCCGCCGCCGCGGCCUCCUCCGCACCCUCCGGCAAGAAGUUCACUGGCGACCCCGAGACGCGCAAGUACGACGCCGACGGCGUCGACAUCAAGCGCACUGACUCGGCCGUGCGCAACAACUGCAUCGGCCUGCUCUACAACGGCCUCGCCUUCCGCUCCACCGCCUCCGAGUCGGACGUGCUCGCGCGCGCCGUCGCCGUCGAGGCCGCCGCCUAUGCGCGCUUCUCUGGCGAGGGCGCCGACUACAAGAAGAAGGUCCGCUCGCUCUUCACCAACCUCAAAAACAAGUCGAACCGCGCGCUCGGCGUGAGCGUCAUGGCGGGCGACAUCCCCGCCGCGCGCUUCGUGGCCAUGACCGACGACGACCUCAAGAGCGAGGACCAGCGCAAGAAGGAGAUUGAGCUCGAGAAGGAGAACAUGAAGAAGGCGCAGGUGCCGAUGGUGGAGAAGAGCGUGAGCGACAGUCUGGAGUGCGGCAAGUGCAAGAAGAAGAUGGUGAGCUACACGCAGGCGCAGACGCGCAGUGCAGAUGAGCCGAUGACGACGUUUUGCGAGUGCAUGAACUGCGGGCAUCGCUGGAAGUUUUCUUAG